GCGCCCUGCUCCUCCAAAUGGUGUUAGACGUGAACACGACCGGGCCCUUCAUCCGUCUUGAUGUUCCCAUGAAUAACAUCACCACCUCCCUGGGCCACACUGCAGAUCUCUUCUGCCGCGUGUCUGGCAAUCCGACACCCACCGUGCGCUGGCUGAAGAACGACGCGCCCGUGGUGCAGGAGCCGCGACGUGUCUCCUACCGGGAGCAACCGUACGGCUCGCGCCUCCGCAUCCGCAACCUGGACACCACCGACACGGGCUACUUCCAGUGUGUGGCCACCAAUAGCCAGGGCACAGUGUCCACGACAGGCGUGCUGUUUGUCAAAUUUGGUAAGAUCCCCUGUAAGUGCGCAUGUUUUCAGGACGACUUUGAAGAGGAGGGCUUCUGCCAGCCAUACAGAGGUAUAGCCUGUGCCCGCUUCAUCGGCAACCGCAGCAUCUUUGUUGACUCGCUGCAGAUGCAGGGCGAGAUCGAGACCCAGAUCACCGCUGCCUUCACUAUGAUCGGGACAUCCAAUCACCUGUCCGACCGAUGCUCCCAGUUUGCAAUCCCUUCUCUGUGCCACUUCGCCUUCCCCACCUGCGACCGCAGCUCGGGCACAGACAAGCCCAGGGACCUGUGCAAGGAUGAGUGCGAGAUCCUGGAGAACGACCUGUGCAAGACCGAAUACAUCAUCGCCCGCUCAAACCCCAUCAUUCUCAAAAGGCUGAAGCUGCCAAACUGCGAUGACCUGGCCGCUUCGGAUAGCCCCGAGGCUGCCAACUGUCUGAGGAUUGGCAUCCCCAUGGCGGAGCCCAUCAACAAGAGCCACAAAUGUUUCAACAACACCGGGGUGGAUUAUCGCGGUACCGUCAGCGUGACCAAGUCGGGCCGCCAGUGUCAGCCGUGGAACUCCCAGUACCCGCACAGCCAUAGCUACCUGGCCGUUCGCUACCCGGAGCUGAACGGGGGGCAUUCUUACUGCCGCAACCCAGGGAACAAACACGAGGAGCCCUGGUGUUUCACCUUGGACGAGGGGGUCCGCAUGGAGCUGUGCGACAUACCUAUCUGCGAUCACAACGAGAGCAGCACCAGCAGCAACAUGGAGAUCUUGUACAUCCUGGUUCCCAGUGUAGCCAUCCCCUUAGCCAUCGCCCUGCUCUUCUUCUUCAUCUGUGUCUGCCGCAACAACCAGAAGUCCUCCAGGCCCCCUGCGCCGCGGCAGCCUAAACCAGUCCGUGGACAAAACGUCGAGAUGUCCAUGCUCACCACCGCAUACAAGCCCAAGAGUAAGGCCAAAGAGCUGCCCCUUUCGGCGGUGCGCUUCAUGGAGGAGUUGGGCGAGUGUGGAUUGGGGAAGAUCUACAAGGGCCACCUUUACCUGCCAGGCAUGGACCAGGCCCAGCUUGUGGCUAUCAAGACCCUGAAGGAUUUCUCCAGCACCCAGCUGUGGGGUGAAUUUCAGCAGGAGGCUUCGGUGCUGGGCGAGUUGCACCACCCCAAUGUGGUGUGCCUGCUGGGUGUAGUUACACAGGAGCAGCCUGUCUGCAUGCUCUUUGAGUUCCUGCCCCAAGGUGACCUCCAUGAGUUCCUCAUCAUGCGCUCGCCACACUCUGAUGUGGGCUGCAGCAGCGACGAGGAUGGGACAGUGAAGUCCAGCCUGGACCACGGCGACUUCCUCCACAUGUCUAUACAGAUUGCUUCUGGGAUGGAGUAUCUAGCCAGCCACUUCUACAUUCACAAAGACCUGGCAGCCCGAAACAUUUUGGUGGGCGAACAGCUCCACAUCAAGAUCUCAGACCUAGGCCUCUCGAGAGAGAUCUACUCCUCUGACUACUACCAUGUUCAACCCAAAUCCCUGCUGCCCAUCCGCUGGAUGCCCCCAGAAGCCAUAGCCUAUGGCAAGUUCACCACAGACUCGGACAUCUGGUCUUUUGGUGUGGUGCUGUGGGAGAUCUUCAGUUAUGGCCUGCAGCCAUACUACGGCUUUUCCAACCAGGAAGUGAUGGAGAUGGUCAGGAAACGGCAGCUGCUGCCCUGUCCAGAAGACUGCCCACCAAGGGUCUAUGGCCUGAUGACAGAAUGCUGGCAGGAGGGCCCCGCUCGCCGCCCACGCUUCAAGGACAUCCACUCACGCCUACGUGCGUGGGAAGGACUGUCGUCCCACGCCAGCUCCAGCACACCCUCUGGUGGCGGGGGCAACGCAACCACCCAGACCACCUCACUCAGCGCCAGCCCAGUCAGCAACCUCAGCAACCAACGCUUCGCCGCUGCAGCCACCGCAGGAUACCUCUACCCCGCCCAGGGCCUCGCCUCGCCGGCCCAGAUGGGCCAGAUUCCUGCCUGGACACCUGUCGCGGUGCCCCAGACCCACCAGCGAUUCAUUCCCGUCAACGGCUUCCCCAUCCCACCGGGCUACGCGGCUUUCCCGGCCCACUUCCCUCCCCAGGCACCCCCCGCCAGAGUUGUCCAGCAUCACCUACCCCCUCCCAAGAGCCGCUCGCCCAGUAGUGCCAGUGGCUCGACCAGCACGGGUCACGUCAGCGGUGUGCCCUCCACUACGGGCUCCAACAACGAUGCCAACACGCCGCUGCUCUCCCACUGUGCGGCACCAGGGGGCAUUGGGGGGGUGGGUCAGGUGUACGGACAAGUAUCCCAGAAGGGAGCGGACCAUGCAUCGCAGACAUCAGCGCUGCUUACCAAUGACUCCAACAUACUGAUGUACAAUGACUCGGUCAUCACAGCAGACCUGUAG